UCGACCUCGCUUCCCUUCGCCAUGGUGAUCAUCUCCUCUCUCUCUCCAUGACUACUCGAGUCGUCGAGCUUUUUCACUGAAUCUCUCGCAGUCCCCUAUGUUUCUUAUUGCGGGGGAUUAUUUGAAGAAGGCGAUUCCUUCACAGCUCAUCUCGGAGAGAGGCUCCAAACUCGUCGUCAUCAACCCUGGUACUCCUCCCACCUGCUCGACCUUUAAAGGUUCUGCGAACAUCGGAGCGGGUCUCGCUCAGCAGGACGCGCCUUUUGUCGUCUCUUAUUGCAUCGCCCGCUACACCAGCCAGCUCCCCAAGCCAAACGUGCAAGAUCAGGUUGUAUGAUGUUAGAGCUGUGUAUAUGUUAGCUGAUGUUGAAAUUGAGGAUAAACAGUUCUCAAGACCUGGCGCAGGAAUUCCCGCUUCCUGCACGGGAUGUAUGGAUAUAGAUGAUGCUCCAUGUAAUAAAAAGUUUUUGAUCAU